AUGAUGCGAAUUGCCACAACUUUGUGUUGUCUUUGCUUCUUGGCAACAACCCGUGCCUCUUCAUCCUUUCCUCCCAUGGAACGUUCUGUUGAGAUUGAUGGCAAUGGAUGCAGCGACAUCAGGUGGACAGUGGAUAAGGAAGCCAUGACUCUACGAAUUGCCUUCAAGAGUUCUGUUGAUGCCGAAUGGGUUGGCCUUGGGAUUGCUGAGUUUGGUACCAUGAAAGGAGCCGACAUCAUGUUGGUCAAGAUGAUUGACAACGGAACUGAUGAACCAGCCUUCCAGGCAGAAGAUCUCAUCUCAACUGACUUUGUCAAACCAAGAAAGGACUUUCUCAUGAAUGUGGAUCUGCUCCAUGCUGAGCUUGAUGAGGAUGGUCGGAUACAUGCUUUGGUGGAACGCCCGUUGGAUUCCUGUGAUGAUGAUGACAUUGCAGUUGAAGCAUUCCAACAGUCCAUUGUCUGUGCUUCGGGGUACCUAGACAACGACAAUGAGAUUAUCUACCAUGGACCAACAGAUCGAUCUGCUACCACUGUUAACUUCUUGAUUGACGAAGAUUUAUUGUACGGAAAAAUUGGCUUCUCGAACCACUCUAAUGAGGAGCGUGAGAAGACAUUGCUGGAUAAAGAUGGCCUCGUAACUUUAUGGGAAACUGGUUCUGGCGCACAAGAUCGUGUUGCGAUUGAUAUCCAGCUGCCCAAUGUCACUCUACCACAAGACAAGGUAACAUCCUUUGCCUGUGUGGCAUUCCGUCUUCCUCCUGAAAUUCCAGUAAGAGUGGUUGCAGCCGAAACAGUUUGGGGUGAUGGACUGAUCCAUAGCGCCUCAGGUGAGCGCCCGUCCUACAUUCACCACCAGACAAUCUAUCAUUGUGGAGGAGAUCUAGACAGUGAAUCCAUUGUGGAAGGUCAACUAUUUGAAUGUCAGCAUGAAAUGCCCCCCUGUCCGGUAGUCCUUGGCAUUGCAACAUCUCCUCGCGCUAAAGGUCCACCUGGCCUUCACAUUCCUCUGGAUCCGGGAACCUACAUUCUGCAGGUGCACUAUGAGAAUGCAGCACAAGCUCCCAUUGUUGAUGAUCGGGCAGGACUGAGACUGUGGGCUGAGCCGCCUUCCUUGCCAACAUCAACUAAUCCUUCUUCUUUGGUAUCGCUGGAGGCCUACCUAGACACCAUCCACAUCCCUGCAGACCUGGAGCAGAAGGAGUAUGCAGUCCACUACCAGAUUUCUGCCGAGGCAUCAAAAGCUACCCUCCCACGCAGUGGUGUGCAAGUCUUCACGAACCUGCUCCACAUGCAUGAUAGAGGACUCCGUGGCCAACUCCAAUUGAUCCGCGAUGGAGUGCAUGUACAGGACAUUAUUAAUACAAUCAGCUUUGACAAGAAAAGUCCGCAGCCAAACUUCAGAAUGUGGAAAUAUUUACCCGGUGAUGCUCUGGUCAUGACUUGUGUGUACAAGCCACAAAAGGAGGUGGACACAUAUGGUGGAAUCGCUGCAACUUCAGAAAUGUGUAACGCCCUCCUUGGAAUUGCUCCACCCGUCCCAGGAUUUGUCCGUGCUCUGGGUAUUUUGACGCCAGCUGAUCAACCGUUUGGCAAGAGCCAUGUCAGCUCCAGGUUUGGAUAUGAGAGAUCCCAGAAUGCAACAUAUACUCCAACAUACAAAGAAACAACAGACUUCAAGCCCCUUGUUGAUCAUCAUAAGGCAUUAUGUGCAUUGGUGGUCCGCGAUGCGCUGUACACACCCCCAAUUCGCAUUACAGAUCCUGGCAUCAAUGUUGCCAUGUUUCAGCUUCUUGUCUUUGCCUUCAUUUUCGUGGUCUCAUCACAGUGGAAGGCCAUCAAGGAAAUGAAAUGUGAAAGAACCAAGCGCAACACAGUCUGUUAUGUGCUUGAGCUGGUGUACUGCACUGUGGCUCUUCCUUUUCUGAUUGUUGAUUACAUUGAUCUCAUGAAGAAUGAUCAGUAUGUGGACACAGUGAAUGCAAACCUUUACAUUCCCACCCGUGCAAUUGGGGUUGGGCUGAUCUUUCUUUACCUGGCAGAGCUGUUCUACAAGCAGGGAGUCCGAUCUGACUUAAUUCUGCACCAUGUAGUUUCAAUCUUCAUGGCUUCGCUGUGCUUUGUUUCUGGAAUUGCAACAUUUUCGGUUAAAUUUGCCACCAAGCUAGGAGCAACUCUUACCCUCAUGGCAGCUACUGAACAACCAAUGUACCUUGCAUUGGUGCUCAAGAACUUUGGCUAUGCUACCCGUUGGUGGUGGCCGAAACUCUGUUACUUUGCUGCAGUUUAUAAUGCCAUUACCAAGGUCAUUCUGAUCAUCCUCUUUGCCUACAUCCUUGCAGUCUCCUACCAAGGAAUUGAUGUAUCGUGGGAGAUUGGAACUUGGAGUUUUUCGAGCUGGCUGCAAGCUCCAAGUUGGAUUAAUGCUGAAGUUGUCACUGCCAUCAUGUCAGUUCUAUUGGUUGUUCUGGCCUUGGCACAGCUAUUUCUUGGCAGAAUUCUCUUUGCCCUUGCUUCCAAGUAUCGACAAAAAGUGCAAGGGAAAGACGAUGUUAGUAAUACCGCCCAAGCAGAGACUGAGGUCCCGGCGGAAGCUGAGGCUGAUGCUGAGGCAACUGCUUCCAGCCCCUUUUCCAAGAUUGUUGAAGCUACCAGUGGGUUUUUCAGUUAUGAUGCUGACAGGUGGCCUGAAGACAUUUACAUUUAA